AUGGGUCUCCUCUCUCUGCCUCCAGAGAUAAUGGAUAAAAUAUGCAAACUAUUUUGCACUCACUGCCAGAUGAAGCCCCUUUAUUUCUUCCCGCACAAAGAAGCACUUGGCACCUCUUGUUCCGGCCAAAUCUGGGAACAUGAUGCCCAAGGCAUCAAAACUCUUGUCAAUCUCUCCGAGACAUGUCAAGCGCUGAACACACUCACUCUGCCCCAUCGCUAUCACCGCAUCAAACUCAAGAGCGACAUCCUCUAUACCAAGGAGUUUAUCGCACGCAUCAGAGGCUGUGGACAUAACGGCCUCGAUCAUGUUCGCAGUCUCAGUUUGGCCUAUACAAAGGCAAUGGACGCCUUUUACAACAAAUUGCCGGAUAGCCAAAAACGACGUUUGACUUUUUAUGAUAUGGUGUUGCGUAAUGUGCCAAAGAUCCAGCUUCUCCAUAUACGCCUCAACUGGAAGCAUGAAAUCAAGAUCUCCCGUCGAACAAUGCUGGCUUCACUACGGUAUCUUCACAUUGAGUGUCCUAGCAAGGGCACCUCCCACAAGCUACGGAUCUCUGAUUUGCUCCGACAGGCACCCAAGAUCGAAACACUGGUCAUCCAAGUCAAAUUGUUGUUGUCGUUGUCGUUGUCGUGGUCUUCGGGAUCAAGCGGACUUGAAAAUGUCAAAUGUCUCAAACUUGUCGACACCUUGGUUUGCCCGUACGACCUCAAAAAGAUUGUCGAUUUGUGCCCACAACUUGAAUCAUUCGUAUUUAGCUUGUUCGCAGAGAUGCACCGCUUGGUGGAAUCCACAGUGGGUGAUUAUACCAGCCUCCAAGCACUACCGCAAGUCCUUUCUGUACGACAGAAAACGCUACGGUAUGUUGAGCUUUACUGGGAGCCACCGCCGGCUGGAGAUGAUAACGGAAUGAACAUCGCGGGCUCUUUCAAGGGUUUGACCAACCUUGAGACGCUGAUCCUAGGCGGUCCAGGGCUCCGCUUUGAAAUGGCCAAGAACGAGAAGACGCUGAGGACAUGUCUUGUCAAUCUCCUGCCACAGUCAAUCCGCAGCGUCUCCAUAGAUUCGGAGAGUACAAGCCUCCAUGAACCGAUUUUCGCACUGGGUGAGGCGGUAAAGCUGGGCUCGUUUCCGAUGCUGAAGGAGGUCCGAUGCUAUAAUUGGGUAGAAGGGGAUUUGACGGGUUUGGCGCUUGAGGAGGUAUCCGCAGGUCCAUCACAUAUCACUCGACAGAAGAUGAAGGAUCGGGACGAAAGGAGCAAACACCAUCUUGGUCUACUAUCGCAGCUGAGCAGGACAUGUAACGUAUCGUUCAGUGCAGAGAGCAAGGGGCUUUUUGAACGGAAAGGAAGUCAGGACUAG